AAAGUUUGUCUAAUUACAUGGAAAUAAAAGCAAACCAGGAAGUGUCUGAAAUUCAUUUUGGUCAUAACAGAAAUGCUUUGAUAACAUUUCCUGAAGAUCUAGAUAUGAAGAGAGUGUUGGACCGUACGAAGAAGCUAGAAGGGGCUGUUUUGAAAAUUUCCAAUCCUCCGGUAUGUAACAGCGUUUUAGUAAUAGGACUCUCCGAUAAGACUUCCAAACAGACGAUCGAGAUGUACUUUGAAAAUGAACGAAAUGGUGGAGGAAGGAUAUAUGGAGAUAUCAUAUACCAAAGAGACAAAGGAAAAGCAGUUGUUUCAUUCUGUGAUCCUCGAGUCGUGGGUACUUUAAUGGCGCGAGAGCACAAACUAAACAAUUCCGUUUUAACCUUACGUCAACACUAUCCAUUUAUGGAAAUAAUAACAGAAACAACCACAAAGAUGAUAAAAAUAAACAAAAGUGUAUUGAAUCAUGUUUUCAAGAGUUGUGAGAAGGAAUUGCUUGAUCGGUUUGGGGCUGAAGUGCUCACAAAUUUGAAGGAAAAUGAAGAAGAGUUCACAUUUCUAACCGAAACCGCAACUGCAAUCGAAGAAUACAUGGCUGAAUUCGCGAUUGAAAAAUUAAAAAUUGGCGAAAAGUUAUUAGAAGGUUACAAAGAAGAGUUGAAAGAUAUGGUAACGACUAUGGCGAACAAAGUCAGUGUCACUGUCGUAACAGAUGACAAACAACAGCAAAUAGAGUUUGUUGGGAGGAAAGCUGACGUAAUUGACGUUCACAGUAAAUAUCAGGACGCAAUAGCUGAAAUGGAAAAGGGGUUAAAUCUUGUUACCAAAGAGAUCCACAAUGUGCCUAAAACCAAAUUUGAUUUACUCUCACUUCACGGUGCCAUCGAAAUGUUAGAGGAAGAUUUUCAUGUAAUCGUAGCGUUCGAGCCACGGAAGAACACAAUUACAUUGAAAGGAACUGGAAAGAAUGUUUCUGCAGCUAACAUUGAGCUGUUACAAAAAUGUACCCAAAUCACUGAAGAUAAUAUCGAUCUCCAUAAGAAUGAAAAACAUUUUCUACAAAAUGGAGGACUUGAUUUGUUGAAUAGUGGUAUGAAAGAAAUAAAGUUGAAAGGUAUGGUUUCCCUCAGUCACGCAAGAAGUAGCAAAGCUAAGGUCCUUGUUUUUGAUAGCACUAAAAUUGAAGAUGUUGAUUCGUACAUAAGGAACAAUAUGUUUAGGAAACAGUAUACGCUUGACAAAGACAGCCGCACUCUCCUUAUUAGUAACAAAUGGGCAGAGUUUAAUGCAAGUGUUACGAGUAAUUCCUCAGUUAUGAUAUUCGCUGACGAAAAGUCAACUGAAAUUUUAUUAAUUGGCAAGAAAUCCGAGGUAGAAAAAUCUUUUGACCGAUUAGAAGAAUUCAUGAAGCGCAAUACCAUUGUGAAAGAAAGUGUUGAUUUUGAAGAGGGAUAUUUAGGAUACUUAACAGAGUACUGUGAGAAACACAUUAGAGCAAUUGAAAAAGAUUUGGAAGAGCAUUCGGUAAGGGUGAACUUCGCAGAAGAUGCUGAAGCAGUGAUAAUAAAUGGUACAAAAGAAGGUGUGAAACAAGCUAAGAGGCAGUUGCAUGAUUUUGUGUCGACUAUAGCAAAAGAUACAAUCUGUUUUGACAAAGCAAGAAGUCAAAAAUAUCUGAAGUCUGAUGAGGGAAAAAUAUUAAUCGAGGGAAUAGAAUCGAAAAAUAAAUGCUUGAUCCGACUGACAGAAGAUAGUGGAGGAAUAUCUACGGUAAUCGCGUCUAGAUCUACGCCACAACCAGGCAAGUCAACUUCAAAAUUGCUGUGUAGUUAUCAAACACGAGAAAAAAUCUCACUUAAAGUGUACAAGGACGAUAUUACUGUUCAUCCCUGUGACGUCAUCGUAAAUGCAGCUAAUGGCGAUUUAAAACACGUUGGUGGAGUGGCUAAAAGUAUUUUGGAUGCUGGAGGAUGGGAAAUACAAAAAGAGUGCGAAGAAUAUGUCAAAGAAAAUGGAAAGCUUUUCGACGGUGAAUGUUUCAGUGGAAGUCCAGGAAAAUUGCCUUGUAAGGUUCUGGUCCAUGCUGUCGGUCCUCGUUGGGAUGCUAGCAAUCGUGAAAAAAUAUGCAAAUUGUUAAGUUUCACCUGCACGAGAGCACUUGAGGAAGCGAUAAAGUAUCGAUCGAUUGCUCUUCCUGCAAUCGGAAGUGGUGUUUAUGGUAUUCCUAAAGACGUCUGCGCUGAAAUUAUGAUCGAGGCCGCCGAGAAAUUCAGUAGGGAUCACGAGGAUUCCAGCCUGAAGGAGAUUCACUUUGUCAAUAACGAUGACGCGAGUGGACAUGUUUUUGUCAAGAAAUUUCGUGAGAAAUUUGGUGGACGACCCUCAUUUAUGAGUAAUGAACCGAAGAGUAGCAAAGGCAGAUUUCGUCGUACAAAACCUCGUUUUCAGAUCACGACCGAUGAAAGCGCAAGAAAGCCAGAGGUUUCACGUAGACGAAAGACCGAUGAUUUUAUUUUUACGAAACAGAAUAUGAAAAUUUCAGUAGUUGUUGGUGACUUGUCAACAUACAAGGCCGACGUACUGGUGAACACAACAGCAGAGAAUCUUAGGCUUGAUUCUAAUCCUUGUGGUAGAGCUCUGAGCAACCAGGCGGGUCCAACACUGCAAGCCGAAUGUAGCAGGAUUGGAAGUUUAAAGGUCGGUCAGGUGGCCGUCACAACAGGAGGGAAUUUGCUUUGUGAUGAGGUGUAUCAUGUUGUGUGUGUCCAGUGGAGCGGAGGACAAGGAGAACAGGUUUUAAGGACGAUAAUAAGAAAUUGUUUGAAAAAAUGUAACUCCAGUGCAAAGAAGUCCAUCGCUUUCCCUGCCAUUGGAACAGGAGUAUUAGGUUUUCCACAUGAUGUCGCCGCUAAAUUAUUUUUUGAAGAAACAAAGAGAUUCGUGUUGAAAGUUUCAAACUGCAGCAUAAAGGAAGUUAGUUUUGUCGUUUACAGUCAAGACGCUAAUUCGAUCCAAGCGUUUCAGAGUGAAUUACAGAAGCAACCAGAAUGGGGUGUGUCCGUUGACAGUGCGCCUGGUAAGUCGCAAAAUAGAUGGAGAGAAAAACCUAGCUCUUUAAACGAAUCAGAAGAGAGUGUUUUGUGCUUUGAAGUUGGCAAUGGUAAAAAAGUAGAAAUAGUUAAAGGUGACAUAACGAAGGAAACAACUGACGUCAUUGCCCACUUAACUAACCCCGGACUGGUUUUGCAUAGUGGGGUGGCAAACGCUCUAUGCAGGGCAGGAGGAGGAGACAUAGAGAGGGAAUGCGAAGAAAAGGUCAGUUCAACUAGACUUUCCGUAACAAGUACCGUUCUAACAACUGCAGGACGAUUGGGUGCAAAAUAUAUUGCCCACAUGGUUGCUUCUAGUGAUCCAAGUUCAAAUGAAGUUGAAAAGUGCAUAACUAAUUGUUUGAAAGAAGUUGCAGAUGAAGAGUGUGAAAGUAUUUCAUUUCCUGCUGUUGGGACUGGCUCCUUGAGACGGAACCCUGAAAAAGCUGCUAAAUCAAUUUAUUCAUCCAUCGUACGGUUUCUGCAAUAUAGUUCUGGGUCAAUCAACAACGUCCGUAUUGUUCUGAAGGAUGACGAACUGGUAAGAGCAUUUCAAGAGUCAAUAAGUACUCUCAAUGAAGGAGAGGAACCUGGGAUGUUUAAAAAGUUCGUAAAUUUGUUUUGGAAAACGGAAUCACCGACUUUGAACAUAAAAGAGAAAAAUACACCCGUAGUCACCACAAAACUCGUCUUAGUCAUCUAUGCAAAGGAUAAAGCCAGCGUUAAGACGGUGAAAGAUAAAGUUUUAAGUGUUAUCGAGUCUCAGAAGAAGAAAGAUAAAUUAGAGGACGACAACAUUGGAAAGUUGUCUAAGCAGCAACUUAUGGCGAUAGAGCGCUUGUGCAAAAUGAACGAUGUUGAAGUUACCAUUGAAAAAGACUUGGACCGCAUUGUCGUCUUUGGACAUAGUGAAGAUAAUGCAAAAACAUUUGCAGAAAUUCUUCAAAUCUUGAAAAAAAUCGGAGAAGUUGAAUUGGAAAAGGAGAGGGCUCUAUUGCGUGCUGACUUGGCUGAGAUAGUUUCCCAAGGUGUGCAGUGGUUUUACGAAGAUCCACGAAAUGGCAACCAGGAAGAUUAUGAUAAGGAUACAAACGCAAUUAUUGAAAAAGCCUACAGCAAGAAAGAAAAAUCUGUAAUCUUCAGUUAUUCAAAUGAAAGAUGUGAGAUUGUAUUUGAUACGAUGGAGGAGACAAAUUUGGACACAAAGCAGAAGAUAAAUGUUACCAGGAAAGAUCUUAAAGAAUCUGUGUCCGUUCCGGACUACUGGGAUCCUCAGCCACGAGAUAAGAGUGGUAAAGAAGUGGCCGUACAUCUUGUCACUCUUAAUCCUAACAAUCCAAGCCAACGAAAGGAGCACAAAGAUAUCUCCGAUCAUUUUUAUCAAACAGCAGGAAAUCAACGAAUUCAACAUAUCCAGCGAGUCCAGAACCCAUCAUUGUUCAAACAGUACCUCAUAAAAAAACAGAGUUUGGAUGAGAAAAUUGGAAGUAAUGAGAAAUUCUUGUUCCAUGGAACGAGAGGUGACAAAGUAAGCGAAAUUAACAAGACAGGUCUUAAUAGGAGUUAUGCUGGAAAUACUCAUGGGGCAGUUUAUGGUAGAGGUGUUUACUUCGCAAGAGACGCUUCGAUGUCUGUCGGUUAUGCUCAAACAUUGGCUUCGACGGGACAAAGAUAUAUGUACUAUACACGAGUAGCAGUUGGUCAGUACGCCAUGGGUAAUCAAAGCAUGGUGGUACCGCCACGGAAAGGAGGCAAUGACUCUUACGAUUCUGUCGUCAACAACGUAGCAAAUCCGACAAUCUUCGUUUUGUUUUAUGACAAUCAGUAUUAUCCAGAAUAUUUGAUCACCUUUACUUAAAGCAGUGUUUUCUAGUGAAUUUCUUAAUUCAGAAUCUUUAAAGAUGAUGUAAAGUGCUUUCAGCGGAUAUCUUUUUCUCAUAAAAACAACCUAAGCAACAUUUUAGGCUUCACGCCAUAUGACGGGUGGAAUAUUAGGAAAACCUUUAAAUUUCUUUGUGAUUUUCAUUUAAUUCGAAUUUUAAAGUUGAAGGAGCAACUUUUGUGACGUUACUCAGUUCGUUUUGAGCAGAAAACAUCAUCUUUGAUUCACGUUUGUCAAAGGUAUAAGGAAAUCAGAAAAAGUAUAGGCCUGAUCUCAUUUGUGUGGCAAACGAUACAUUUAACCUUCACAACACUUGCAUAUAUUCAUUCACAUAUAUUGUCUUGGUAGUCACGGCCUUGCCAGCUAAACAUUACAUAUAUGCACGUCUAUAACUGACGAAAAGAAACUUUACAAACGCCAUUCAGGGACAGUGAUUUGCAGACCGCAGGUAAACUGAAACGAUAAUUUGGGUGCAAGACUUUCUAGAUUUUACUUUUUAGAAGAGAAAAUAAUUUAAAAUGUAUGAAGAAUAACGAAUAUAACUAUAUAGCUUGCCACUGUUA